CACACAAACAUACACACACAUACAUUAAUAUAUAUAGUUAAAAAAAAAUUAUAUACAAAAAGAAAAGAAGUGCAAGAAAAAUAAGCGCCCACUGCGGCCAAUGGAAAUGCCAAAGAAAAUGCAGCAGCAACAAAUUCGACAACAAACGCAAAUUCUACAGCAACAACAACAACAACAAGCACAGCCACAGCAGCAACAACUGCAGUUCCCCAAUACAUAGGUCCACCGAUUUUCCGUCUUUGUCGCGCGCGUUCACACACACAAACACAGUCACACACUGGGACACAUGCAUGUGCAUAAAUGGCAAUAUGGACGAAGAGCAGCAGCAGCAUUUGCCUUGUAUUGGUAUACCAGCACAGUGACACGCGCGUGCCAAAUAUUGCCGAUUUUAUCACACGAACAACAACAACAACAACAACUGCAACAACAGCAACACCAGCGGGACCAGCUAUUAACUAAAGGAGCCAUUACAACAACAAAGACCAUAGCAACAACAACAAGAACAACGAACAUUGCUGGAAGGCGUCGCAAAAUAUCAAAAUGUCAAUUCAGAAGCUAAACGACACCACCAACUCGGGCUACGUGAGUUCCGAGGAGACGGACUCGCUGCUGGUGAGCAGCUCGAAUCCCUCCAAGGGGGGCGGCCGGACGGCUCUGCUGCGCCAGGUGAAGAGUAGCUCCACGAAUGGCCCGACGACGGGGGCAUCCACCUCGUCGUCGGGCUCGGUGACGGGAUCGGGAACAGGAACUGGUUCUGGUUCCGGUGGAGGAUCAGGAUCUGUAUCGGCAUCGGGCUCGAAUUCGACAGCCGGCGGAGGAACUGGGGCUUCCAAGCCAACAUUAAUGCGCCAGGAUCGCACUUCCACAUACCUAACGAGUCCCCAGCAAUCGCAGCAUGUGCGAAUGGGCUCCGAGGAGAGUAUGAGAGGUGGAGGAGGAGGAGGCGGAGGAGGAGCCACCGCCCACGACGAGGAUGUGGAGCAGGGACUGCAGGUCCGCAGCAGCAUAGUGCCUGACAUUGAAGUACACGAAGAGGACCAAGAAAGGGGAUCGACAACGACCACGACCACGAUCACGACCAAUAACCAACAACCGACCAUAUCAAUUAUGAAUUUAAGCCUGAAGCCCGGCGAGAGCCAUAGCCAUAGCCACAGCUCCAGCCCGGGCAGUCAUCCCAACUUGGGCACCUCAUCAUAUCAGAACCUGGCCUCGAGCAUACCGCCCAGUGUGCCCAGUCGCUGCCGGGCCUGUCGCAAUUGCAGCCGACGUGCUUCCACCACGCCCACCACCCUCAUCGAUCGCUCCGCCUCCCGCGAUAGUGUGAAAAGUGCCUUCCAGCAGGGCAAUCUCAGUGGCUCGAUGGCCAUUUGUAUAUCGAACUCCGCGCUGCCGCAACAGCAGCAGCAGCAGCAAUAUCACCUGCAACAGCAGCAACACUAUCAAUUGCAGCAGCAACACCUGCAGCAUCAGCAACAUCUGCAGCAGCAGCAGCAGCAACAGGUGCCGCCCGUUUUGAUCACCUCAUCGCCAACGAACGGAUCCCGGAUUAUACGGCAGAGCUCACAGCCGGAAUCGAGCAGCACGGCGAUCUGCUGCGGACCCCAUUCCGCCUGCGUCGGCCACGCCCACUCGCACUCGCACACGGUGCCCAAUGUCUCGCUGAAGCAACUGCGCGAAAGUUCCGGCGAUGGAAUCGCGGGCAUUGCAGCCGACUCCCUGCGGAUCAAUGGGGGCAUGCGGCCCUUCAAGCAGGGCGUUCUUCUAAUGCCUCGCACAUUGUCUGAUAGCCGAAAGUUGCGCCUUCGCAGAGCCUUCACCGAGGCCACUAACGAAACGCUCCAAUGCUCCAAAAUGCUCCGCAAACCGGCGUCGACACUCUCAAUUCCUGGCUCGAUGAAAACACCUUCCAUUGCGAACCGGGAACAGAUCUCAUCUGGAUGCAACGAAGAAGCGGCCGAGGCACUAGUGGGUAUCCACUCAGACUACCCUAGGUAUGAAAUGUAUAUGGAAGAACGUGCUCUUACUGGCGGCAAUACGUCCAGGAAGCCAUCAACAAACUCGGCCAAACACAAACCCAAUGUGGGCUAUCGCCUGGGCAAGAGGAAAGCCCUCUUCGAGAAGCGCAAACGGAUCAGCGAUUACGCCCUGGUCAUGGGCAUGUUCGGGAUCAUCGUGAUGGUAAUCGAAAACGAGCUGAGCAGUGCCGGUGUCUACACAAAGGCAUCGUUCUACUCGACAGCGUUAAAAACCUUAAUAUCUGUUUCGACUGUGAUUCUUUUAGGACUUAUAGUAGCUUACCAUGCUUUGGAAGUGCAGGUGAGAUUAUUCAUGAUAGAUAACUGCGCCGACGAUUGGAGGAUCGCAAUGACAUGGCAACGAAUUAGUCAAAUAGGGUUAGAACUUUUUAUAUGCGCUAUACAUCCAAUUCCUGGCGAAUACUAUUUCCAGUGGACGACGAAAUUGGCCAAUAAGAAUAAAACAAUUGGCACCGAAAUGGUGCCAUAUGACGUAGCUUUAUCAUUACCUAUGUUCCUUCGAUUAUAUUUAAUCUGCCGCGUAAUGCUGCUGCAUUCAAAGCUAUUCACAGACGCAUCAUCACGGAGCAUUGGCGCUCUCAAUAGGAUUAAUUUUAACACAAGAUUCGUUUUAAAAACUCUAAUGACAAUAUGCCCGGGAACGGUUCUAUUGGUCUUCAUGGUCUCGCUGUGGAUCAUCGCAUCCUGGACGCUGCGUCAGUGCGAAAGGUUCCACGAUGAGGAGCACGCGAAUUUGCUAAACUCCAUGUGGCUAACGGCCAUCACAUUUCUGUGUGUCGGCUACGGCGACAUUGUGCCAAACACGUACUGUGGACGCGGUAUCACCCUCACCUGCGGCAUGGUGGGCGCCGGCUGUACGGCUCUACUAGUGGCCGUAGUUUCCCGGAAACUGGAGCUGACCCGUGCCGAGAAGCAUGUGCACAACUUCAUGAUGGACACGCAGUUGACCAAACGGCUGAAAAAUGCUGCGGCGAAUGUUCUGCGUGAAACUUGGCUCAUUUACAAACAUACAAGACUAGUAAAACGGGUUAAUCCCGGCCGUGUAAGAACCCACCAAAGAAAGUUCCUUCUAGCUAUAUAUGCGUUGCGAAAAGUUAAAAUGGAUCAGCGCAAACUAAUGGAUAAUGCAAACACAAUAACUGACAUGGCCAAGACACAAAACACGGUCUACGAGAUAAUAUCGGACAUGUCUAGCCGUCAGGAUGCCAUCGAGGAGCGCCUAACCAACCUGGAGGACAAAAUGCAGAGCAUACAAGAGCACAUGGAAAGCCUUCCAGACCUAUUGUCUCGAUGUCUGACCCAGCACCAGGAGCGGAUCGAGCAGCGGCGGAACUUUUUACAUCCUGACACAGCUGCAGUGGCCCCCAUUCAGGCGCCAACGCCCCAAUCGAUGUUCAAUGCGGCGCCCAUGCUGUUCCCCCAUUCUAGAAGUGUUCCCUCAUCCAAUAACGCCGCUGCUACUUACCAUUGGCCAACAAGCCCUAUUUUGCCACCUAUAUCUAGUAGAACACCACAUUUAGUGCCUGAUACUCACAUGCCAUCAAAUGGAUCUGCAGUUAAUAGCUACGCAUCUUCCAACAAAUACGGCAGCUGAAUAUCAGAAAGAGAGCGCUCCAACUCCGUGAUUAACAUCGAGAUGCUAACAAUAAGGCCGGAUCGAUGCUGGCCAACAUCCUCAUCAACAUCAACAUCAAACGCACCCCAGAAAUCAGCAUUACCAUCAA